AACCGUGACAUUAUUAUGGAUCACAUCCCAAAUAUUGCCACAAUGGAACCAAGUGACCAGUUCAAGAACCGCUUACAGUUUUUUGCUUCUUCUGGUGGACUGAGAAUAAACGGAUUAAAAGCCAGUGACCAAGGAGAUUAUAUAUUUUCUGUGGAUGGACAAGAGUUCAGAGUAAUGCAAUUACUUCUCAAUGAUAAAAUAAAAGAAGUAAUUGGUGUCCUUGGUUCAUCAGUUUUAUUGGAUCCUGAACUCAAAGUUGAUCCCAGUAAGAAUUAUAUCAGUUGGACCUUCUAUGGCGACUAUAUUUUAAGUCACAUCCCGGGUCACAUCACAAUGGAACCAACUGACCAGUUCAAGUCCCGUUUGAAGUUUAAUCCUUCCAUGGGCACUCUGACGAUAAAUGAAUUACAACAUGGUGACGACGGAAAUUACACAUUUCUUAUAAAUAACGAAGAGAUAAAAAUAUUACGACUGCUUAUCUUUGAAAAACUGUCAGAUGUUUUGAUAUUGAAAGACAACAGAUCCUUGGGAUUCCUCAUCAAUCUCAGAUGUGACAUCACUGGAAAUCCUACUGAGUAUCAAUGGUGGAAAGAUGGAGGGGGAAUUUCCCAGCAUCACCAAUUUACAGAAGAGAACAGCACACUUGUUAUUACACGUAGUUUGGUCAGUGACUGUGGAACGUAUACCUGUAUCGCCAAAAAUCCCAUCAGCUCCAUCAAGCAAGAUUACAAUUUAAUUCUUCAUGUCAAAGACUAGGAUUCAAAGAAGAACUAUCAGUACUAGAAGCUGGUAAAAAUGGUGUCAAAAGAAGCAGUCAUUUGUACAAGCUAGAUCCGGUGCUGGAUGAUGGACUUCUGAGAUAGGCGGUUGCCAGAAUAGACCAGCGAUGCCUGAAGAGGCCAAACAUCCUAUCAGUGUCUCGAAGGACCUUCACAUAUCAACACUACUGUUACGACAUAUCCAUGAACAACUCGGACAUGGAAGAAGAAAUCAUAUGCC